AUGGAUCCUAGAGUACAGGAUAUUCUCACCCGAUUCAAGGAUUUAAACUCCCCUUCUGCUCGUCGAGCUGUGUACUAUCAUCUCUUAGAGCAGAUGCAUCCUCAUGAAUGGCGUGAUGUACGUGAUCGAAUGACUCAGGUUUCCUUUCAGAAAGAUAUUUUGGGCAACCUGCCUAUGGAGAUUGCAGUGCAGAUUGCCAAGUAUUUUGAUUUGGCAGAAUUCCAUUUGUUUCGGAGAGUCUCCAAACGAUGGAAUCAUCUGCUUUCUUCCACGCUAUUUCGUGGUGCUGUGUUCCAUCGGUACACCGGACACAUUUGUAGCUCCAUUGCGACAGAAUCCCCCGAUGCAUUCACACAGUAUGCCAAACAACGUGUCCGCUUAGAACGCGGACAACCAGUCUCUCAAAUCUAUAAUUCCCCGUGUUUGCCACUACCAAGUCCAACCGGCUCAGCUGGUCUUGACUUUUCGAGUGGAAGGUAUGCGUGGAUCGAAGACGCCGUAGUUCAUGUCCAUAGCCUCCACUCAAGUACGACGCGGAGCUUCUGCACAGAAAACCGAGAUUCGUUUACUACGCUGCGUGUCUCUGAAUCUAUUGUUGCAGGGAUUACACUACACGGAUUCUGUCAUGUCUGGUGUCUUAAAUCCAGCGAUUCAGCACAUUUCCGUCUGCCGUCACUACAGUGGAAGUACUUUGUUGUCCGUGGGGUGAACGUCGCCAUGGCAUUCAGCGGCAUGACCAGCGAGAAAGACUUCAUCAUACACUGGCAUUUCGACUCCCGUGUGGCUCGCACGUUCAAUAUUGCCAACAAGUUAGCAUAUAUUGAUGUGAAUCCUUAUACAGGUACUCUGAUCACUGUCCACCUCGAGGAAAACGUGGGGUCCAAUAUUUCUGCGCAUACCCGUUUCUGUCCCGCCGUAUUUGCUCAAUUACAAGUCAUCAAAUAUCCACUUAAGGACUUUUCUGGUGGUGCUCGGCCCUCAUCUUACACCAUCACACUGCCCUCGAUCGCAGUCCCAACCUCGCUUGUGGAAAUAGAUGCCAAUUUGUCCUUCGAGAUUGGAAAUACGAUGGGUAUAUUAUCGGUCCGACCAGAGGGCUGUCUUGCAGAAACGGCUCAUGGUAUCGUCGCUAUUAUUUACAACCCAGAAACCGACAAGGUUAACGUAAACAUCGUGUGCUCAGAGAAUUCGCCAUUCAUGCCUUUAUGCAUGACAUCUAUCGGCGACAACAUUCUUUACUAUAUCAAAAAUGACAAUGGUAAACCUAAGAUCUGGAUUUCCAAUCCAGACGCUGCUAUCCCUCACCGGCCUGCCAAAUGCAUGAACCCUCAGUUACCAAGAGAGGCAUCCAAUAGGGUCUGUUCGUAUGGGACUAAUUUCACUCUCAGAGGGGAUGGCGACUUCAUUUUGAUGAUCGAUCAGAACAGGCUGAAAGUGUGGUGUUUUGAUGACAACAUAUAUCUACCCGGCGCGGUUCCACUAGAAAGAACCUGAACCAUCGUAAAAUAUUUUUAGUGCUGAAUAACGGGCGCGCGAUUUGCUCUUCAGUUUCCAAGGCACAGCCCUUGCCCCUAGGCCUCGUUCUCAGAUAGGAGGCCUUGGUACAAAACUACGUAUGUUCGGUCUUGUCUAUAAGGCUGGCGGUAUGUAUUAGAGAUUCUAUACUCAGAAAGGGCGUGUUAAGCGGAAUAGUUCGAGAAUACAAGAACAAAGGAAAUGGACGAUAUACAGGAACAUCAAUGAAUGCUCUAUUAAAAUGCCUCCCACGACUCUCCUGGGUUUGUCUGAAAUCAUUCUUCACUAGCCGGCUUUCUUAUUGCCUAUCCAGCGGCCCAUCCACUGUGGAGAAAAACUCUCACUUAGCAUGAAAACUUGAUGAGAACGAUCGCCAAACCAUCUCGACUUGCCCUGGUCAAA